UCAAAAUUAGCCUACACUCCUAAAUCACACACUAUUUGUAAUUACUAGGACAUUUCUUGCACAAAUAGCACCACAAAUGGUUCACUGACUAUUUUAGUGUUUCUCUGUGGUUUUCAAAUACACCUUGGCAUUUCAUAUCGCCCUUUUCCUGCAAGCUCCAUCGCAAUAAUAUAUUUAUACCCAAAAAGGGUGGAAAACUGCCGGAUGGCUGCUCCUGGAGGCGCAUUCUCUGCAGCGCUUAGGCGGUCACAAGACUUCAACAUCGGUGAACAAACACAUCGCAACGCUGACAGGUCAGCUAGAACUUACAGGCCACGGAUUCUUCUCGUUUCUGCUUCCAACAUCCAACAAGUGGGUGCAUUUGGAAAACUUUGCACCACAGCGCUACUGUCUUUUAAACUUUUUUUUUUUUUUUAACUGUACUAUCGUGAGGUGGGGCUUAUUUUGUAUGCAAAAAUAAUUUCUCUGUCGGGAAAGGGUUAUUUUAACUUGAAGUUAAAUAGUCCUGUUAAACUACAACUUGUGAUGUUUCGUGCGUAAAGGAGGGGCGCAUGCCAAAGUGAGCGAGUGCCACUGGAAGAAAUCGCACCAAAGAUGUCAACAUUGCUUUACCACCCACUCGAAAUCGAUUGUAUUACCUUCAAGAAGGUGGCUCCUCGUAUAAAUAGGGACGCAUUAUUUGAAGAAAGACGGUGGUGAGCACAAUCUGCUAGCUGUUCUCUCUCUCUCUCUCUUUCUCUCUCUCUCUCUCUCUCUCUCCUCUCGGGACCGCAGACAACGCCUGGAAGAAUUUGCUGAAGACAUCUCUGUCCACUUUCCAGGACAAAAGCAUAUUUAAAUCCUAAACUAACAGUGAAGUCAUGCAGGUGGAGAGGAAAUGGCACAUACUCUUGUCUAUCUUCUUUCUGCUCAUCACCUCAGGCCAGUGCAUGGACAGCAAGGACAUGAAGCAGAAAGAAAGAAGGACCCUGUUGGAUCUUAUCUUACAGGUUAUCAGAGACAGCCAGCACCGGGACAAAGGCGUCUCCAGGCGCUGUAGCAGUGGACUCCUCACUUCAGCCCAAGACAUGAAGUUCUCCUCCCGGGAAAAGCCUUACUAUGUUCCUAGGCUGGAUAACAGUAGACUCAUAGAAAUUUUUCCUAGAGAUGUAAACAUGAAAGACAAAUUCAUUCAGCAUUUCACAGCAGGACCAGUCAAGUUCUCGUCGGAGUGCAGAACUCACUUUCAUAGACUUUAUCACAACACGAGGGAUUGUUCGAGACCAGCAUAUUACAAAAGAUGUGCAAGAUUGCUAACACGGUUAGCAAUGAGUCCUCUCUGCAUGCAAUCAUAGAAAAUGCAUGACCCAAAACAUUGGAAGAGGGAUCAAUGUGUUGCCAAGGAAGUGCCUUCAAAUCCACAGCAGUCAUAUGAACAUUGUUGCGUUUAUAGUCUUUCUAUUUUUGUUGUCAUUCCUCGAAAUGCCAAUAGACGUUGUUGUUUUUUUUUAUGUAUGGGUUUUCUUUUUGUUUCAGUGUACCAUAUAUACCAUAUAUUUGUAACGAACAAACAUUAACUUAAUAUUAAAAACACCUAUUUAUUGAAAAGUUAUGUAAAUAAUAAUUGGUUAUUGAAGUUAUUUCUGAUGGAGAGAACGUUUUUUUAUUAUUGUUAUUAUUAUUAUUUUUCUCCUAUUUGAAUUCCCCUCCCACUGUUGGUCUGAAUGAUUUGUCACGUUUCGUCGUUGUCUGCAUUCGAUUUAAUUUGGCACUUGAGUGAUUGCUGACAAUGAGAACAUAUGGAAUGACUACAGUGGUGAUGAUUCACUGCAGUACUGAACAAUAAAGAAUAUUGAAGCA